AUGUAUGCUGCAGAGUUCACCACAAAUGCUGACCAGCACUAUUGCGAGUAUGCCAACUGUUUUAGUGGUCAUCCUGGCACUGUACUUGCUAUCACCUAUAUUGAGCACAAAGAUCCGAGCAAGCCCGGUAAAUGGCUUUGUGAAAAAUGCAGCCGAUACCAGCGCUCCAAGUUCACUACCAAGAAAAUAAGUGAUGCAGUAAUUCCAAAUACCUCGAAGCAUGGUUUCAGCCAGUCUGAAUAUGAUGGUGCUGCAGUUCACAAGCAGACUGCAGAGGCGCAGCGUGGAAUUAUUUUUGUAGAAUCCCAACUUCCUGUUCGUGCAGUGGGGCUUAGUGUAUCAUGUGGGAUGCCUCCACCUGCAUUCAUCCCAGGUCCCGUUCACCCGAGGCGCGCCUCAGCAAAUCAUCAAUUUGUUCCUUUACCCAACUGGCCUGCAGCUCCUGGCCCCUCAGACAUCCGCCAUGCAAAUCCAUUAGGGCCCAACAUAUCUAUUUAUGGCCGGGACACUCAGUUUAUUGUGUACUCAGACCUUCUUCGAACUCUGCCACUCAGGCCUGGUUAUCAAGAUGCGCAUAAAAUUUAUGAAGAGAUGCGAGACCGGCUUGCUCGACAGGCCUAUGCUUUGAGUGUUCCCGAAGUGGUAUGUGUCAAGGCAUACCUUGCAGUGAUGAUUCCACGGGCUAAAAAACCAACUCUAAUAUCUGAUAUAGUCGAGUCGAUCAGCAAUAUCCCUUACCGUAUUGGUGCCAAUGACCUUAAAACUUCGGUGUAUCUCACCCUACUUCCCAUGUUCAUCAAGUGGUCCAUGGGUCUUACUUUUACGUUUGAAGAGGCACGUUUGCGUCUUGUUAGUAGUUUCGAGGAGAUUCUUCCCCGUCCAUCUGGAGAAGACAUCAAUGCCAUAGCAUCCCACUUCCUCAAGACCAGGAACACGAAGCAGCAGUUCAACGCUGGCAAGGGGAUCGAACUUCACCUCAUUAUUCCACAUACAAAGUUCCUUGCCGCUGAGCAAAGGCGAAAUGGUGAGGAAGUAGCUGAGUCCAAGUCUCGCGAUGAUACACCUCGCGCAACAGCAGCAAGUUCAUCUGACAUCCAACAUCUUUCAAGUCCUGCAUUAGUACUAUCUGCGGUGUCCCCAUCAAAAAAUUUGCAAAAUGGCGUCCAAUGUUCGCCUCACCCUGUCAAGCGCAAAUUAUCAUCGCCUCCUGUCCCAUCCACGCCCCCUCGAAAGCCUCGGACCUUGGAUGCUGCAGUAUCUCCGGAUGUUAGCGCACUUCGCCGUGCACUUCAAGCGCAAGCUAUUCCCAUAUCCCAACCAAACUUACCCUUUCUCACUCUUCGCACGUUCAAGGCACUACUGCGGAUAAUCCCCCCAAUAUCACUCUCUGCUCUGAUUACUGAUCCAACCACUUCUGACAUAGUAACAAAUACUACUGCCCCCCCGAUGCAGGCUACUCUUUUUUUCGAUCCACGAAGCAAACCGAAGUAUGGAGCAUUCAAAGCAGCACAAUUCGGCUUUCUAGACAAAGCUAUCCUUGGACCGUCUGGAUCUGAUUCAACUCGCAUCUGCUUAAAGCAGUGCUACUACCAGACCGACAAAUCCAAGCGGUUUCCUUAUCCCGAUUCUCGGCAACUACAGCUGCUGCAGCCAGAGAUUAGAUGCAGCAUAUGGGCAGGAGCACUCAUGGACCGGGUUCAGCAAUAUAUUGCCACAGAACUAGUGACUCGCAGCACACCUCCCUUCAAGAUUCCAAAUAUCCGCUUCGUGCAUAUUGCUCUUGCCACUAUCGAGGACGCUGGUGUUACAAAAACAUAUCUAAUUGAAGAGUUCAUUGACGAGUCCACGCAAGGGAAAUUCACAAAGUAUAUAUCCAAUGACUCGCCUUCCCCACUGCCACACCUUGAUGCCAAUUCAAGUGAAAUUGCCCAGUACCUGUCAUUUGCACAACACGUCCAAUACAUCAAGACCAAGAAACUUGCUUACGUUGCAGAUUUUCAAGGCUCGUCUUUAUUUUGGAUAUCUACACAUAGCUUAUUCGUUCUCGACAGUGAUCUUUCCGGACACCUGUUCGCAGAUGGCAACUUGGCAUCUGCAUUUUCAUCUUUUGCGGAGAAACAUCAGUGCAACAUGUUUUGCGAAUUUUUCAAAUUGCCAUGGGACUGGUCUCGUCCAAUACCCCCAUUGUUCCAUAAGACACCAGAAGAAGUUGCUGACAGCGAGAGAGACUCAGAGUCUGAUGACGAAAGUGAUGACUUUGGUGAAAAGAGCAUGGUUCUGGGAACUCGCGAUGAUAUUUCAAAAGACUAG